AUGGUGAGUAAAUCGCACUUCGAGACUAAGGCCAGGCUAGGCAAGCUUCUCAGAUGCGAUUACUCAAAAGGGGACGGUUUUGAGCAAGUCUGGCACCAUAGUACUCGCCGUAUAAAAGGAGCCACUGCAAUGAGUUCCGGGACCAGAAGCAUCCACAACCACUCUCCCAUUUCAGCAAAAGCAUUACCAAACGACAUGAAUGACUUUCAUGAUCGGGGACGGCCGGUCAAGCGCAAGCGCGAGGACUGGGCAGGACCAGGCUCGAGACACCGUGACAACGACAAGACGUCAAAAGCUGUUGAACCAUUCCAGCAGUCGUCUAAGGCCAUGGCACCGCCACUUCCCAAGGAAGCGCUGUCAAGAGAUGAGAAGGUCGCUUCCAUUGGCCUGGCCGCCGAGGCAUUCCGGCCCCUGAUGCGCGAGUUGCAGCAGCUGGAUGAUCAAAACCCAGUCCUUGCAGAGCAAGCCGCGCGACUGGUGGCCCUCUUCCGGCGCCUCUGGGAAUCGUACGUCGCGCAGCAUGCCGAGAGCUCGCGCCUCGAGAAGGAAAUUAGUCAGAUGCAGAUCGCCCACGCCUGCCUUGUCGACGAAAACACCCAGUUGAACCGUCGCUGCCAGGACGAGGAGGCCCGCUUGUGCCACUUUCGAGCAGCGAUCCAAAAAUUACGGAAAGGUGUGAUUGACGUGUUUGAAAAGUGGGAGAAUUUCCAGAUGACGGAAGCUCCGGCAGCGGGCGGUGCGGACGGACCGACGCAGGAGGAGGAGAACGUGGCAGUCAUUGUGCCCGCCGUGCAUGCUCAAGGGGACCAAGGCACCAGCGCUUCACAAUAG